ACAAAAAUUAAAAUAGACACUCAAUUUUUUUGCAGCCAUGGGAAGCUAUGAAGAAACGAAGCUUCAGCUUUUUCUUGAAUGGUUAAAGUUAAAUGGAGUGGAAUUGCGAGGCUGUAACAUCAAGUACAGUGAUUUCAAUAAAGGGCUUGGUGUAUAUUCAUCUCAUGGUGUUGCUGAUGGGAUUCCGCUGGUGGUUCCUCUUAAUUUGGCUAUAACUCCAAUGAGGGUCUUACAAGAUCCAAUACUUGGACCCGAAUGCUCUGCGAUGUAUGAGGAUGGAGAUGUGGACGAUAGAUUAUUGAUAUUGUUGUUUCUUACUUUUGAGUAUAAAAGAAAGAACUCUUCAUGGAAACCGUACCUUGAUAUACUUCCCACUUCUUUCGGAAGUCCACUUUGGUUCUCCGAUGAUGAGCUUUUGGAGCUAAAAGGAACCACAUUGUUUAAGGCAACUGAAUUGCAGAAGAAAAGUUUGCGGUCAUUGUAUGAUGAGAAAGUGAAAAACUUAGUGAAGAAGCUUUUGGUUCUUGAUGGUGACUUACAAAGUGAAGUUUCUUUCAAUGACUUUCUCUGGGCUAAUUCAAUAUUUUGGACCCGUGCUCUGAGUAUACCUCUUCCUCGCGCCUCUGUAUUCCCUCAAGUUCAAGAAGAACAACAAAAUUAUAUGGAUGGUGAUAAUGGCAAAAAAAACGAGGUUGAAAGUAAUGCUGAUGGGGUCAAUUCAUAUUUGGUACAAGAAGAGACUGUUUGGGUCGAAGGUCUUGUCCCUGGCAUUGACUUUUGCAACCACGAUUUGAAGGCUGCAGCAACAUGGGAAGUUGAUGGAACAGGAGCAGCAACCGGUGUUCCUUUGUCCAUGUAUCUUCUUUCUGUUGAAGAAGCUCAUCAUCAAAUUGGAGAAGAGAUAUCAAUUAGCUAUGGUAACAAAGGAAAUGAGGAACUUCUAUACCUAUACGGGUUUGUCACUGAUAAUAAUCCGGAUGAUUAUAUCAUGAUUCACUAUCCGGCAGAAGCUAUUAAGGAUGUACCAUCGUCGGAAACCAAACUACAACUUCUGGGAGCACAUAAAGCUGAAAUGAGGUGUCUUUUAUCAAAGAGUUUACUUGAUCGUGGGUUCUUCUCAAAUAAAGAAGAAACCGAUGAUAAAGGUGAAGGGACUGGAGUUCCUGACUAUAGUUGGAGUGGUCAACGCAAGACACCAUCUUACUUGAAGAAGCUCGUUUUUCCUGAAGAGUUCCUGACCUGCUUGAGGACAAUAGCCAUGCGGGAAGAUGAGAUAUUCGUGGUUACAUCAUUGCUCCAAGGGGUGAACACCUAUUCGCACGCUUGUUAUUAUGGGGAAAGACAACCAUCAGAUUUAGAAGUUCGUGCAGCUAUAUGGGAAGCUUGUGGGGAUUCAGGCGCCCUACAAUUGCUUGUUGAUCUUCUUAAUACGAGGAUGAUGGAUCUUGAAGAGGGUUCGGGAACUGAAGAUUCGGACACUCAACUACUUGAAAAGUAUGCUUACUGUAAAACAACUGAAGAUACCAAAAGCAAUAGCAUUGAUAAGAAGCAAGAACUGAGUAGAAACAAAUGGGCAAGCAUAGUGUACAGGCGAGGUCAAAAGCAACUCACGCGACAGUUCCUGAAAGAAGCAGAACAUGCGUUGCAAUUAGCUUUAAGCGAAGGCAAUUAAUUCACAGCAGGGGAAACUAAUUUCACCGGAUUUCUAACUACUAAAUUAAAGACUUGAUCUCGAAAGUCAGUCCAUGUAAACUGAUUAUUGGUUCAUCACUUUCUAGGACCAUGAUUUUGUAAGAUGCUCAAUGAUUCAAAGUUACCGGGAUUCAAAUGCAUUAAGUUGCUUGUUUUGUCGUACCAAGGCUGAUGUGCAGUUUGCACUCGGCAGUAUAUGUAACUAUCUGGAUCAAAUGUCAUUAUCAAUAAAUUGGCAUGGAGUUUUGUAGGUUGUA